AUAUCCAUACAAUUAUAGUAUGUUUUUGUAUGCAUGUGUAUAUUAGAUCAACCAGUCAUAAUUGACGAUACCUAAAAAUGAAAAUCUCUGCUCUUGGUCGCGGUGGUUCCUCUCCUUUAUCCGCCUGUUUCCACCCUUCCGCCACCGCCAUCAACGAUGAUCUACCGUCGUCUCUUCCAUCACCGUCAAAUCCAUCUUAUAUCUCCGCCUCCGGUGACCCUACCACAACUUGUCAUUACCACACUAACGUUGGCGUUUUCUUUCUUUCAUGGUCUCAAUCCUUCCUCCGCCGCUCUCUUCACCUUCAUUUCUACUCAUGCAACUCCGCAAAUUGUUAUCUUCACUCUCCGGAUUGUUACCAUCACUCUAUUCCUUUCGCUUUCCGGCAUAAAAUCAAGCCCUUGACCUUUUGGAGAAAACAAGGGUCCAAGAAGUUGUCUCGAAAGCCGGAUAUUCGGGUCAUAUGGGACCUGACUCACGCAAGAUUUGGAUCGGGACCUGACCCGGAAUCCGGGUUUUACGUGGCUGUCUUUGUAUCCGGCGAAGUGGGUCUUCUCGUCGGCGAAGGAAACUUGAAACAGAGGCCUAGAAGACAAAUCUUGGUGUCCAAGAAAGAGAAUCUGUUUGGAAACAGAGUUUACUCUACGAAAAUCAAGAUUCAAGGAAAACUAAGAGAGAUAAGCAUAGACAUUAAGGUUGUUAACGACGAUGCUAAUCUCCGGUUUAGCGUAGACGACAAGAGUGUUUUAAAGAUUAAUCAGCUUCAAUGGAAAUUUAGAGGAAACACAAAGAUUGUGAUCGAUGGUGUGACAAUACAGAUAUCGUGGGAUGUAUACAACUGGCUGUUUGGGGACAAGGAUAAGGUUAAACCGGAUAAAGUUCCCGCCGUGUUCUUACUUCGGUUUGAGAACCAAGAUGUUGAAGGAAACGAUGUGUUGAUGAUGAACAAGCGUGUGCGUGACGAUGUUGUUUUGCGGAAGGAGAACACUCGAACGCCGUCGUUUUGGGCGAAUUCAUAUGGUCAUUGGUCUUCUUCUAGGAUGUCUUCUGUGAUGGAGUGGUCUAGUUUUCGGGAGGAAGACGAGAGGAGCUUCGGGUCUAAAAGUUGGUUCUCUUUGAUGAUCUAUGCUUGGAGGAAGUAACAAGUCACUAGAACAACUUAUUUUUAUCAAUUUUUUUUUGUAUAUAAAGCAAUCAAUUGGAUUUGAGGAUAUGUGAAAGUGUGUAAGAAUCAGACUUUUGGUUUUGUUCUGUUCAAAACAGACCAGAAAGUCGCAAGUGCAAAGAAACCAGUAGAGCAAGACCAAACAAUGCUGUAUUAUAGAUUAUAUCAGUUUAGAAAAAGACCUUUGGAUUGUGCUUAAACAACAAAUGAGAUUAUUAUAA